CAAGCAAGCAAACCAAAGCGCUCGUUUUAAGCGCUCCGGAGCCCUCCACGUAGUAAUCUUAUCCUCUCCAACCCCAAAACCCUCUCCUUAUAUAUCCACCCAUAGAUCAACUGAUCGAUCAGCGCAACAAGUUGGCAAAAUCACCUAGAGAUCACAGCAAUUCGCAGCUCGAUUCAUUCGUCACAGCGCGGUCGAGCGGCGCGCGGCGAGGCGAUGGCGGCGGCGGCGAAGAAGAGCGGGAGCGAGAUGGAGGUGGUGCGCGGGCUGGACGUGGCGCGGUACAUGGGGCGGUGGUACGAGAUCGCGUCGCUGCCCAACUUCUUCCAGCCCCGCGACGGCCGGGACACGCGGGCGACGUACGCGCUGCGGCCCGACGGCGCGACGGUGGACGUGCUGAACGAGACGUGGACCAGCAAAGGGAAGCGCGACUCCAUCCAGGGCACUGCCUACAGGGCCGACCCGGCCAGCGACGAGGCCAAGCUCAAGGUCAAGUUCUACCUCCCGCCCUUCCUCCCCGUCAUCCCCGUCGUCGGCGACUACUGGGUGCUCUACGUCGACGACGACUACCGGUACGCGCUCGUCGGCGAGCCCCGCCGGAAGGACCUGUGGGUCCUGUGCAGGGAGACGCGCAUGGACGAGGAGGUGUACGGCCGGCUGCUGGAGAAGGCCAGGGAGGAGGGCUACGACGUCGAGAAGCUGCGCAAGACGCCGCAGGACGACCCGCCGCCGGAGAGCGACGCCGACGGCAAGGGGAGGUGGUGGUUCCAGUCGCUCUUCGGGAAAUGAUCGAUGAAGGAAAUAGUAUUACUGCUACUUUCGUUUGCCUUUCUGCAGCUAGCACUGGAGAAUAAAAUGGACUUUGCAGUCUGUUACUGUAUUAACUAUAGCUAUAUCUAUAGCUAGAACAGCGUGUGUUCUUAAUUAAGGUGCAUGAUGUGUUUAUAAUGCUGUGCUUUGAAGGAACUAAAGGAGUUAUAUGGCCUUUAA